GCGGCGGGCGUAGUAAACAAGUCAGUACUCUAUUGUACCGUGGACAGACAACACGUGUCGCGGCCAAACUGUCGCGUUUAAGUAACCAAUCACUAUAGAACUGAAGGCGAACGCGCGCGAAACUCGUCGUGACACUGAAAUACAUUGUGACUUGUAACGAUGGGUAGCUGGCUCAGCUAUUUGUGGUGGGGAGGCAACCCCGACCUACAGAACCCGCUGUCCGGUCUGACUAGACGCGAGGUGUACGCCGUACAGAAGUCAUGGGCCCCCGUCUACGCAGACGCUGUGAACAAUGGCACUGAAUUAUUGAAAAGAUUCUUCCGAGCGUACCCCGAUGCAAAGGACUUCUUCAAAAUGUUAAAGAACGUGAACGAAGAUGAAUUUUCCGAGAACAUACAGUUCAAGGCGCACGUAAUUAAUUUGAUGACGUCACUAAACUUGGCGGUUGUGAACCUGAACCAGCCAGAAAUAGUCGCCGCGAUGAUGGUCAAAAUUGGAGACUCGCACAAGAGAAGACAAAUCAAAGAAAAAAAUUUCCACGACUUGAAAGAAGUCAUCGUGAAAAUGUUCAUAGAAGUGCUCAAAUUAAAUGACUCCACUCUCGGCGCUUGGGCUAAAACAGUAGACUUCUGGUAUAAAAAUAUCUUCUACGCUUUGAACUCGACGGAAGUGAGGUAACAGCUGUACAGAAUUAAUACAUUUGUAACAAAUUUACAGCUGACCAAAGUUUCGAGUAAAAUAAUAAAUCAUUAGUCAUUUAUUUGAUAAAAAUGAAUCAUUAGAUUUACAAAUGAGUUUUACGGUCUCCGAUAUAAGAGUAUUGAUCACCACAAUGUUAUAAUAUCGUAGAGAAACGAGCAUACAAUAUCGAAUCUUUUACGUCUUUUUGCUGAUUUUUUACAUACAAUUUUUAUCAGUUUUAUAUAAUUUUACUAAGAUGGCAAUGCAUUAAAGGCGUAUAGGUACUGAACAUCACAGUGUACCUUUACCAGUGUAUUCAUCCUCAUUACUUGGCACACUAUCACUGUUCGUGCAUCCCGUUCAUUUCUACCUCGUACAUCUUGGUUCUGGAACAAGCUUCCGUCUUCAAUUUUCCCCUUACAAUAUAAUAUGGGGCAUUACGUAAAUUUACCUACAGACAUUUAAAAGGCUGGCAACAAGCAACGCCUCUUGUGUUACAGGUGUUCAUGAGCGACGGUAGCCGCUUUCCAUAAACCGGUGAAACCGGUAAAACGGUGGACCGUCUGCUCGUUUGGCUUCCUAACAAUAAUAAAUUCUGAAAUGGUCAUGGUGCAGUUUAUGUUUAUACACAGUGGUUACCACUUUCCAUUAGGAGGGCCGUCAACUUGUUUGCCAUUUUGAAAAUAAAAAAGAAAAUAAAUCUAGUCAAUAAAAUAAUUUUUUACCAUGAAAUUUUAAUUCCUACGUAUCUCAUAAAAUUCCUGGUAUCAUUGUUUUCCUGCCUGACUGAAGCAUAAGAGGCUUGCUUCUUUUAAUGUUUUGUCACUUUACUUUUACCCAUAUUUUGCAUUUAUGUAGCAUGGUACCUCAUUUUUCAUGUCCUACCAUUCACACUACCUAAUAACAGAACAACUCUUAAAAUUUAACGAAGAAAUUUGAAUAAUAUGUAGGUUGAAUAUACAGGUAAAAUAUUACCUAUAGAUAUAUCUAACUUCAUGUCAAGUCUCUUAUAGGCAUAGAAAAAAAAAUGUGAUUGAAUAUUAAUUGGAGACCGAAAAAUAUCAAAUUUAUUAUAUUUU